AUAUCAUAUAGUUUUUUAAGCAAUAUUCAAAUUAUUGCUCCCUGUUUGAAAUCCUUUGACUUCGCAAAAGGUUCUGUUUUUCUAAUAAAUUCUCCUCUUCUUCCGAAACUUUCACUUGUGAAUACGGAUUUUUCUAUGGGGCAUGGAAAAUAUGGUCUUGCCAAGUUUUUUGAGUCUUUUCCUGCUCUCAAGGCAUCUCCACUUGGAUUAUUGUGUGGUGUCCAGUCCUUGGUUGCAGGUGAAGUACCAAAAGAGCUCCCCUCUGCUCUUACGCGUCUUUACUUAUCUGAUGUUUGUGUAGAUGAAGGUUGGACUUUAUGUGCUCUUUGCUUGAUCAGAAGCUCCCCAUAUUUACAAGAAAUUGAAGUUCAGUUGGACUAUGAACUUUCCAAUAUAUGGUGGUUAGAUCAGGAGACCAGCUGUGUUUCUCUUGAAGUAAAAGGUUUUUCAAAUGUGCCAAUAUUAAAUCACCUAAGAGUGGUUAAGGUGAUAAAUACAACAGGCAAAAAGUGUGAAAAGUUGCUUAUUAAGCUUCUAUUAGCCAAGUCUCUGAUGCUCGUAAGAAUGGUAAUUGAGACCAGGUUAGAUUCUCCUGUAACAAGACUUGAGUUACCCACAGAGCUAAUACAAUUUCCGCGGGCAUCACCUAAUGCGGAAGUUAUCUAUAUAGGUUCAUAG